AUGGGUGGCCAGAAAUUUGAAUAUGAUGAAAGCGGAUCAACAUUCUUCUAUUUUGUAUUGUCUUUCCUAGCCUUGAUACUUGUACCUGCAACAUUUUAUUAUUGGCCAAGAAAAAGGAAAGAAGAUCCUGCAAAACGCGAAGAACUAUGUCAAUGCCCAAAUUGUAUAAGCAAACAGCAUAUAAUAGAGCAAUCACAACCUUAUAAGGGAGUAAAGAAUUUCUUUAUAAAACUAGCAAUAAUAUCAGGAUGGGUGUUACUUGGAUUCCUAGCGUACAAAGUGUCACAAUUUGAUUAUGAAAUGUCUAAUUUCGAUCCAUAUGAAAUAUUGGGCUUACCUCCGGGUGCAACUCAAGCAGAGAUUAAAAAGUCAUAUCGCAAACAAUCACUUAUUUUGCAUCCUGAUAAAGAAACUGGUGAUGAAAAAGCUUUUAUGAAGCUUACUAAAGCCUAUCAGGCACUCACGGAUGAAGAGGCUCGGCGUAAUUGGGAGAAGUAUGGAAACCCAGAUGGUCCUGGUUCUAUGAGUUUUGGAAUUGCUUUGCCCAGUUGGAUUGUUGAAAAGGAAAACAGUGUGUGGGUGCUUGGACUUUAUGCUCUUGUAUUUAUGGUAGCAUUGCCAACGGCUGUUGGUACCUGGUGGUACCGCUCCAUACGGUUUUCAGGGGAGCAAGUAUUAUUGGAUACAACUGAGAUAUAUUUUUACUUCUGUCAUAAGACACCGUCUAUGCCUUUGAAGAGAGCACUUAUGAUCCUCGCUGCAUCCUGUGAAUUUGAUAAAAGACAUAACUCUGAAAUUAUUGAAAGGAUUACAGAUAAUGAAGAGGUUCCAAUGCUGCUUCGUGAACUACCGAACUUGGGUGAAAAAAACAAGGAGCAGCCUUUAUGUCGCCCUUACAGUAUAAAGGCGCGUGCAUUACUCCAUGCACAUUUAUCACGGAUGCGUCUCCCGCAGGACACACUGGAAUGUGACAGAAGAUAUAUUGUGGGCAGGUGUCCUGACCUUAUUGUCGAAAUGGUUAACUGUGUCAAUCAGUUAAUUGCUCUAGCUUAUGCUAGAAGAAUACCCCGUCUUCCGACCAUUGAAACAAUUGAAAACUGCAUGAAACUUUCUCCAAUGAUUGUUCAAGGAUUAUGGGAAUACAAAUCACCUCUUCUUCAACUACCAUACAUUACUGAGGACCACUUAAAGUACUUUACAAACCGAAAGAAGCAUAUUAAAUCAUUGCUACAACUGGCACAGUUGCCUGGCGAGGAUAGAAGACAGGUGCUUAGAUUUUUGAAUGACAAGCAAUAUGAUGACCUCAUGAAAGUGCUUGGCAAAAUGCCUUACAUACACUUCCAAGUGAAUACAGAAGUGAUUGAUGAUGAGAACUCAACUGUGGUGACUGCUGGCGCUAUAGUAACAGUCACAGUAUUCCUCCGCCGAACUAACAUGAAGGAAUUAUUUGGUGACAUGAGUAUCAAAGAAAAGGAAAUUAUUAAGGAAGAAGAAGAAGGCGGUGGGGAGAACAGUGAGAAGCCCGAAAAUGACAAGAAUGACAAGAAAGAAACGUUCAAGCGCCCAGUGUGGAUGAAACAACAAACGAAAAAACACCCGGCUUCCAAAAAGGCCAAGAAGACCGUGGCGGCUAAAGUGCAGGCCAAAGCGCCACCAGCCCCGUCGACACCUCCCCCAUCGAGCAACGAGACAAAGAAAACUAAAGAACCAAAGAAGAAGGAUGAAGAAGGCGAGGACUCCGAAGUAGGCAGUUCAGACGAAUCGGCGUCUCACAGUUCGGGGUCAGACGAAGAGUCACGCCAGGAAAAAUCGUCGGCGGCAGAAGAUGACGAUGAUCAGUGGGAAAAAUUCCAAAAGAGGUUACAGAAGAGAGAAAGAUUGGAAGGGCGUUCAAAAAGUUCCCAUCCUGUGCAUUGUCCUUACUUCCCACAGGAGAAACAAGAAUACUGGUGGUGCUACAUUUGUGACCGUAAGUCACACACUCUACUGACUGCGCCAGCGCACGUGACUGCGCUGGUGGACACGCACGAACUGCAGCUGAGGUUUACAGCACCGCGCUGGCCUGGACUCUAUACCCUCGCUUGUUGUCUAAGAUCAGAUUCGUACAUCGGUAUGGACCAGCAGCAGGACAUGAAGCUGGACGUAAAGGAGGCAGCUGCCAUCCCCGCAGAGCAUCCGCAGUGGGACCUUAGCGACUCCGACACGGAUAACAAUGACCAGGGAGGCAAUGAAAGUGAAUUUACAACAGACGAUGAAGUUGAAGAGGAGUAG